AUGCCUCAGUCCCCUUCACCUCGUCUGCGUCAUUACAGGACAAUGACCGCAAUAUGUUUCGUUUGCAACCUCCCGAUACUGUCCCACCAAGUGGGGCUUGUGUGGGCCGGCGGCAACGGCUGGGACGAGCUGACCCGUUCCACGCUAGAAGAGUCCACACUAAGGCAAAGACUCGGCAGCCGAAGAGAUUCUGCGGCGCAAGUAUCCUGUCUAUCGCCGCCAGAGCCCGACGUCUCAGAUCAACCCAGAGGUGGACCUCGUCGUCGUCGUUCAUCCCUGGCCCAGCUGACUGACAUUCUCCGUGAAUGGGGAGGGGGUGGUGCUCCAAGAAGACAGAGAGCUCCACUCUCUAGAAGAGAAACACUUGCCGACCUAGCUCGAUCCCUGCCGUGGACACGUUCCGAGCCUCCACCGCGUCGACGGCGUGAUUCCUCAGCUGAUUCUGGAAUUAAGUCCAUGGCUUCCAAGCGUCGUGAUUCGAAAUCGGCUCAGCCAGAUUUCCGAGCGGAAUUUUCGAAUUAUUUUGAACGAAGGGAUUCAACUAUUAUUAUACCAACAAAAGAUAAACGUAUGAAACGUCGUAGUUCUGAAGAAAAGGAACGUAGAGAUUCAGUCGAUGGUACUAGACAUAGACGUGACUCCAUAAUUGCUCAGCCACCACGCAUUGUAGCAACACACAGGAAGCGACGCAGCUCUCCACCUCCACCUGCUGCACCAUCUUUCGUAGAAGUAUCUUCCGAUCCGGGUCCUUCGACUCAACCACCAUCGGUAACCGUAGUCACUGUCCACGAACCAAGCCGAUCUGACGGAGAAUGUCACCCUAUGACUAUGCCUACGAUUAUAACGUCGGCUGUGACACCAUCACCGACCUCACCAACAGUACCGACGACCAGCACAUCGCAGUCAGUUCAAACAAGCCAAGGCACUCAAGCUGCACAGACUAAUCAAGCGACCACUCCCGUUGGAAAAGCUCCGUUAAAUUUGGGAGGUCGCCGAGACUCGACUACACAGUGUGGUCGGGCGAGACGAGAUUCUCGUGCAGCUGCAAGCCCGGAACGCCGACUGGGUAGACUACAAAGACAAGCUACAGCAUUCGAUGAUCCGACUGGUCCUCCUGGAGCCAGGCGAAGGGAUUCUGGCCCAUCCUUAGGUCCCGAUGAUGAAGGAAGAGUUAGAAGAGAUUCCCUUAGUCCUGAUUCUGCUGCUCGUCCAAGACGUGACCGUUCACAAUUAAGUCCCGACCGGGCAGGUGGUGGGGAAUUGAGUCCUUCGGCAGCCCGUCGCCGAAGCAGAUUACGGCGUCAAGCUUCUUGUGCAAGAAUGGGUAGGGCUAGAAGCCCAGAAUCCAGUUCAUGCUCCAGCCGGGAUCCAAGCCCGUGUGCACGUCCUCCGGAGCGCACUAUGAUCCGGAGGCAAUCGACAACAGAAGAAAUAUUAAUUGCUCGCGGUUUUCGGCGACAAUCUACAACCGAAGAGAUGAUAAGGUGCCGAAACUUUAGACGACAAAGCUCACAAAGCGAUGACGCUUGCAUGAGAGCACGCGGUCGACGCGAUUCAUCAACACAAAUAUUGGACGGAACGAUAGGAACUAUGACUGUUGAGACAACAAGCACAUUCUUCGAUUCCAGCACGCAAACAGAACCGUCUCCGCUGUAUGACAACAACCACUAUCAUGAGGAAUGUCUCCGUUGCAACUCCUGCGGAUUGAAUCUUACUGGACCCAAUCAGAAGCGCGCCCGCCGUUUCAAAAACCAUAUUCUGUGCGACCUGCACUUCGCGGACGUAGCGCUGAUGGAGUGCAGCGAUUUCAUGCAGCAACUACGCAGCUUCAAACCACAAUCGCUGGGCUGCGCCGUCGCUAGGCGCAAGUCUUCAACUACCCUCAUAUUCCCGUUGCCACCUCAGGCCUGUUCAGAUGAAUUUUGCGAGGAGUACCCUCACAAUCUGAUACCGACACCCGGCUACUGGAUCGAGUGCUCGCGUCAGAAGAUAGCGAGCGAUACUAUUUGGGACGAGUCUGAAUCCGAACAUGACAGUGGACCCGAUCGUGAAAAUGCAGAAGAUCGCCACGGAAGGUCUGGCUCCUUGGAUGAAGCAGCUGAAGACAGCAGCAACGGAGGCAGCACGCCCAAGAAGAAAACUGUUAUUGAAGAACAAUGGGAAAGAUCGGGAGGCUUCGAACUUACCUCAGUCGAGCAGGAAACAUACGAAAAGUACUUCUACGGCACAGAACAUUGGAACUAUUUUACUAAUGACGAGGAUCUCGGACCCGUUAUACUUUCUAUUAAACAGGAGACACUCAACUCAAGAGAUCAGUUCAGGAUCCUGGUCCGAGCGAUUAGCUACACAGUUCAUGGACUAAUUCCCGCAUCGUGCGUCUUCGCUGACCGUUACAAUCGUGAAGAAGUGGUCCGCUCUCUUGGCAAGGAAGUCAACAUCAACCCACCACUCAUGUUGGGACAGCUGCCUGACACUCCCGAAGAAUUACUGAAACUUGAUCAGGUGUUCAUAAAGUCGGAAUUGAAAGUAGGAGUUAUCUACGUAAAAGAAAAUCAGUACACGGAAGAAGAAAUACUGGACAACAACGAGAAUUCUCCUUUAUUCGAAGAAUUCUUGCAGGUCAUGGGAGAGAAAGUACGGCUUAAAGGAUUCGAUAAAUACAAAGGAGGCCUCGACACAGUACACGACUUGACUGGCUUAUAUUCAGUCUACACCAACUGGAGGAGUAUCGAGAUAAUGUUUCACGUCUCCACUCUCCUGCCUUAUGAGAGACAUGAUCCUCAGAAGCUGCAAAGAAAACGUCAUAUAGGCAAUGAUAUCGUAUGCGUCGUCUUCCUUGAAGCGGAUAAUACAUCCUUCUCACCGGCAUGUAUCAAGAGUCACUUCUUGCAUACAUUCAUUUUGGUUCGAGUGUCGGCCAAGAUUAAACGUCGACCGACAAGGUACGAAGUAUCUGUAGUGACGCGGGACGAAGUGGGUGCCUACAAGCCAUACCUUUGGGAACAAAGCGUCUUUGAUAAAGGUCCCAUGUUCAGAGAAUGGUUACUAACAAAAAUUGUGAAUGGCGAAAGAGCAUCGUACUCGGCACCGAAAUUUGCAAGAAUGCAAGAAAGAACACGCAGUCAGAUGCUGGAAGACAUUGUAGCUAAUCUACAGAAUCACGCAGAAACGGGACAAAUACCGAAGCCUUAUCGAAGAGGUUCUUGGCGUCCAAUAGGGCAUAUGAGACCUUCAUCGCCUCUUCUAGAUUCCGUGAGAGACCAAUUCGAAGAUUAUGAUCAACUUGCUAGAGACUUCACCAGAGUUUUUCUGAAUAAUGAAUUGAACACGGCAACAAACGCACAACUUUUCGACGUCGUUUUUCUUGUGGGGCAGUCAAAACAGAAAACCAAAUUUAUUGGAGUACGCGCCAUCCUUGGCGUAAGAAGCAGGGUUUUCCAAGAGAUGCUGUACGGCAUUCAGACAGGAUUCGGGUCUCCUCAAGUUCCCGUUGCCGAGUUACUAGCUCGGCCAGCGCCUACACUGUUGUCUCCAACUCCAGCGAGGCAGAAGAGCAGCAACUUCUUGCAAGUUCCGGACAUUGAAUCACCAAGGCCAAAAAGCGUGCCAAGUUCUCCGAUGGUGAAGCGCGCGUUCUCCCGCCUCGGUACCAUCACGGCGGGCUGGGGACGAUCCAUCAGGAAACAACACUCGCAACUAAAUGCUGAUGACAAGAAAAGAUGGGCCAGCUCCCAAGAUUGCUCCAAUAAAGAAGGAAAAGAAAAGGAAAAAGAGAAGAAUGCAGCUCUAGCAGUACCCAGGCUAUCUGUAUGCGCGGACGCGCAAAAAGUGGACCGGGCGAAAUUAGCACAAACUGAGUUCUCUAUUAUCGAGUUCGAUCCGGAUACAUUUCGCAUACUCCUGGACUACUUGCACACGGGUAGUUGUCCUCUAACCUGCGCGUCGAUCCCGGGAUUGAUCUGCGCUGCGGAACACUACGACCUUCCUGAACUGCUGCAGGCCUGCUUCCAUCACGCGAAGCAAUUCCUCAGGAUAGAAGUGGUGUGCACUAUGCUGAUAUCUUUAGAAAACUAUUAUUGGCGAUACACUUCAGCAUCUGAAUUGGUAAACAUGAUUCUUGCUUUCAUCGAACAGCGGGCGUACGCCCUUUUCCAGACAUCAGAGUUUCUCAAUCUCUCCGAGUCUAUGGUGCAAAUGAUCAUGUGCCGCAACCUAGAAGUGCCCGAAGUAAGGAAAUUCGAAGCCAUGCUCGUUCGAGUGUCGGCCAAGAUUAAACGUCGACCGACAAGGUACGAAGUAUCUGUAGUGACGCGGGACGAAGUGGGUGCCUACAAGCCAUACCUUUGGGAACAAAGCGUCUUUGAUAAAGGUCCCAUGUUCAGAGAAUGGUUACUAACAAAAAUUGUGAAUGGCGAAAGAGCAUCGUACUCGGCACCGAAAUUUGCAAGAAUGCAAGAAAGAACGCGCAGUCAGAUGCUGGAAGACAUUGUAGCUAAUCUACAGAAUCAUGCAGAAACGGGGCAAAUACCGAAGCCUUAUCGAAGAGGUUCUUGGCGUCCAAUAGGGCACAUGAGACCCUCUUCGCCUCUUCUAGAUUCCGUGAGAGACCAAUUCGAAGAUUAUGAUCAACUUGCUAGAGACUUCACCCGAGUUUUUCUGAAUAAUGAAUUGAACACGGCAACAAACGCACAACUUUUCGACGUCGUUUUUCUUGUGGGGCAGUCAAAACAGAAAACCAAAUUUAUUGGAGUACGGGCCAUCCUUGGCGUAAGAAGCAGGGUUUUCCAAGAGAUGCUGUACGGCAUUCAGACAGGAUUCGGGUCUCCUCAAGUUCCCGUUGCCGAGUUACUAGCUCGGCCAGCGCCCACACUGUUGUCUCCAACUCCAGCGAGGCAGAAGAGCAGCAACUUCUUGCAAGUUCCGGACAUUGAAUCACCAAGGCCAAAAAGCGUGCCAAGUUCUCCGAUGGUGAAGCGCGCGUUCUCCCGCCUCGGUACCAUAACGGCGGGCUGGGGACGAUCAAUCAGGAAACAACACUCGCAACUAAAUGCUGAUGACAAGAAAAGAUGGGCCAGCUCCCAAGAUUGCUCCAAUACGAACCUACACUGA